CAGUACCGUGGGCCCAUGGCUGCGCCGGACGUAAGGGCGCAGGUGGACUCGCUCCUUCUGCAACUGCUCCGGGACCUGGAAGAACUGGAGGCGAAGAGGGCGGCAUUGAACGCUCGGGUGGAGGAGGGCUGGCUCUCGCUCUCUAAAGCUCGCUACGCCAUGGGUGCCAAGUCUGUAGGUCCUCUGCAGUAUGCCUCCCGCAUGGAGCCUCAGGUCUGCGUCUACACUAGCGAGGCCCAGGACGGACUCCAGAAGUUCUGGGUGGUGAGAGCCAGCGCCCAGACUCCAGAAGAGGUGGGGCCCCGUGAGGCCGCUUUGCGCAGACGCAAGGGUCUCACCAGAACCCCAGAGCCGGAGUCCUCCCCAGCCCCCAGGGACCCUCUGAACUGGUUUGGAAUCCUGGUUCCUCACAGUCUGCGUCAUGCCCAAGCCAGCUUCCGGGAGGGCCUGCAGCUGGCUACAGACAUGGCCAGCCUUCAGAUCCGGAUCGACUGGGGUCGAAGCCAACUCCGGGAGCUCCAGGAGAAACUCAGGCAGCUGGAGCCUGAGUCUGCCUGACUUGUGACCAGAGGCAGGGCAGUGAGCACAGCUGUUCUUUGGUGUGGCUGCCUUAUCUCAGGCCUUCCUCCUUCACAGAUUGCCCCUGCCCCUAUUCCCACCCCAACUAAUCCCUUAUCCUUAAAAUUUCUCUGGUUUGCAUGUUUCUAGCUUUGUUAGGUGUAAAAGUUUGAAGAGGCAAACUGAAUAAUGUUGAAAGUCACUACUGUGAAACCACUUCUAAGCUUGUAUUCUCCUAGGACACAUUCAUGUGGGGCAGGGGCAAAGCUGUUAGGUUAGUUCGUAAAUAACCAGAACAGCCUCAUGGAUAUAUCAGCUGUGGCUUCUUUACAGGAUGAAAUACUGCACAGUUAGUGGCAGGGAAGGACAACAAAUAGGUGCUUCAGUUUCACUAGAUUCUCAAAACUAAUUUUGAUGUAGGAAAAAAAGCAAACAUGGCUAACAAAUCAGGACAGUUUGAUUCCAUGUCAAUAAAAAACAUGAACACCUAAGUAGAUAGGUAGUCCUUGGCAGGUUUUAAGCCUGAAAGUAAAAAAGAUCGGACUUAGAUUUUCAGGGGAACUCUAGGAACUCUUCCUUUAUAGGAGUGAGACUGAGCUGCUUUUAAUUUUUGAAGGGCCAAAUGUAUUUCCUGUGCUGGGAUCGGCUUCAUUUUCCUACUGGGUGGUUGGUAUUUUUAGUAGUUUCUAGGAGGUAAUCUUUAUGCUGUGGGAAAAUUAAUCCUUUGUUCAUAAUAUGGAAUGUAAAUAUUUUUCCCAAUUUCUCUUGUAACUUUGCUUAUGGUGUUUUUUUUUAAACCUUUAUUGUAAAAUAAAACACAUUAAACUGCACAAAAUAA